AUGUUCAGGCGCUCGUUCCCAAAACUACUAAGAAGGAUGUCGACUGAAGCCAGCUCGCCUAUUGUUGCGGCCAAUGUUCCGCCAAAAGCACCCAAACAGUCAAAAAAGGCUAAGAAACAAGAGUUUCUUUUGAAAACGCCCAAAGGUACCAAAGAUUGGGCUGACAAGGACAUGGUCUUGAGAGAAGCCAUUUUCUCUACUCUCAGUGAUAUGUUCAAGAAGCACGGUGGUCAGGCACUCGACACACCUGUUUUUGAGCUCAGAGAGAUCUUGACCGGUAAGUACGGUGAGGAUUCGAAGUUGAUCUACAACUUGCAAGACCAAGGUGGUGAGUUGACUUCUUUGAGAUACGACUUGACUGUGCCAUUUGCACGGUUUGUGGCGGCAAACAGUAUCAGCUCCAUAAAGAGAUACCACAUUGCCAAGGUUUACAGAAGAGACCAGCCUGCUAUGACCAAGGGAAGAAUGAGAGAAUUCUACCAAUGCGACUUUGACAUUGCUGGUACCUAUGAUCCAAUGGUGCCAGAUGCCGAGGUGUUGGCAAUUUUGGUUGAAGGCUUGACCUCUUUGGGUAUUCACGACUUCAAAAUCAAGUUGAACCACCGUAAAGUGUUGGAUGGUAUUUUCCAGGCUUGUGGUGUAAAGGAUGAAGACGUGCGUAAGAUAUCUUCUGCAGUGGACAAGUUGGACAAGUUGCCAUGGGAGGCAGUGAAGAAGGAGAUGUGUGUCGAAAAGGGCCAACCGGAAGCUGUGGCCGACAAAAUCGGGGAGUUUGUCAAGGUUAAGGGUUCGCUCAAGCAUACUUUGGAUUUCUUGCAAGGUUCAGAGUUAUUGGCCUCAAACGAAUCUGCCCAAAAGGGUAUUUCUGACAUGGCUGAGUUGGCUGGAUAUGUCGAGGCGUUGCAGAUCGAAGACCACUUGUCGUUUGACUUGUCACUUGCCCGUGGUUUGGAUUAUUACACAGGUUUGAUUUACGAAGCUGUCACCGAAGCAUCUGCUCCUCCUUCGAACGCCGAGGAGUUGAAGGCUCGCGCAAAGAAAGAGAACAAGGAUGAGGAUGCAAGUGAGUACGUCGGUGUCGGCUCUAUUGCUGCAGGUGGACGUUACGAUAACUUGGUUGGAAUGUUUUCCAAUGGAAAAACUAUUCCAUGUGUCGGUAUUUCAUUCGGUGUCGAGCGUAUCUUUUCUAUUCUCAAAGCUAGAGCGGCUAAGGAGUGGGAAAACCUCUCAUCUACUCACACAGACGUGUACAUCAUGGCAUUUGGCGGUGGUGCUGGUUGGACCGGUUUCUUGAAGGAACGUAUGACUGUUGCUCGCCAAUUAUGGGCUGCUGGUAUCAACGCCGAGUACUUGUACAAGGUGAAGGCUAAUCCUAGAAAACAGUUUGAUGCGGCAGACAAGGCCAAAGCCAAGUUGGCGGUGAUUUUGGGUAAGGAAGAGUACCCAGAAGGUAAGUUGAGAGUCAAAGUAUUGGGUCAAGGUGAUGACAGCACUGAUGGAGAUCUUGUGGAGGCAGGCGAGAUUGUGGAAGUCGUCAAGCAGAAGUUAGGCGAGGUGUAUGUGGACGGCAUGAGCGACAUUUCUCGUUUGGUGAAGAACUUGUAA